AUGGUUACUGUCUCUCUGGUCAAACUUCGCGAUUGGAUUGCCCCGCCACCGAAAACAUCAGAUGACGGACGAGAUCAGUGGCCUUCGCGUGCCGCCUUUCUUUUAGCUGCCAUGGGAGGGUGUGCAGGUCAAGGAAACCUGUUGAGAUAUCCAAGUGUUGUUUAUAACAACUAUGGCCUUCAAUGGUUUGUUCCCUACUUACUGGCCGUCUUCCUCAUCGCUAUCCCCACUCUCAUAUUGGAGAUCUCCAUUGGGCAGGCAUACCGAGGCGGAACCGUGAUUGCGUUCAACAACAUUAAUAAGAGGCUCAAAGGUGUCGGUCUGGGUCCCAUCUUCGUCAGCUUCAUCGUUGUCCAGUAUUUCACCGUUAACCUGGCCUGGAUCAUGAACUAUUUCCGACAUUCUUUUACUAGCCCAUUGCCGUGGGAGGGGAGAAUCGAGGAUUUCUACUGGAACGAUAUCCUGAAGGUAAAGGAUGAGGUCCCUGGCAGCCUGACAAAUGACGGCAAGACGGUUUCAUCGUAUACAUCGUAUCCAGGAAAGGCCUUGCUUGGUGAAACGGUCGGUUGGAGCGUUUUCAUCUGGUUUCUGAUUUGGAUCUCUAUCGUCCGCGGUGUCGGCAUGACCGGAAGAGUAGUGUAUUUCACUAUGGGUUUGCCUAUUGUGACUACCAUCAUCUUUGUUGGGCGCGCACUCUCUCUCGAGAAUGCUGGAGAGGGCGUCAGGCUAUUGUGGGCAACCUGGCGAACCGAUCAAUUGGCAUCUGGCACCGUAUGGCAAACCGCUGUCGGCCAAGUCUUUUUCUCGACUGGUAUUGGCUUCGGAUACUUUACAUCUUAUGCCUCAUACAACCAAAAGCACUCGAAUGCCGUAAUGGAUGCCAUUUUGAUCUGCGGAAGCAAUGUUCUGUUCGAAAACUUUGCCGCAUUUGCCGUCUUUGGAGUUGUAGGAUUUCUUCGCAGGUGGCCACAAGAUGGUGUCAGGUUGGGAGCUUUCGUUGUUGGUUUUCUCACACUCCCAGAGGCCGUUUUGCAGAUGCCCGGUGCCAAUUUCUGGGCUGUCCUUCUAUUCUUCACUCUCGUGGUGCUUGGGUUCAGUUCGGCCUUCGUCAUGCUGGAUGCUGUCGCGACACUGGUCGUCGAUUCAGGUGUAAAGUAUUCACGUCCUGUUGUCGUCAGUGCGCUUACGUUAGUCUCGUUUUUGAUGUGCCUACCAUAUUGCACGGAGUUCGGCUAUCACCUGCUCGAUGGAAUCGAUAGAUGGGUCAACAAUGUGGCACUCAUCUUCGUUGUUUGGUCAGAGGUCGUGAGUGCGACCACUGUCUAUCGCUGGUCCGAUGUCAUCGCCCAGGUUGGACCAGUGGCAUUCUAUGUCUACAACCUCGGUUUCUUCGGGGCCCAAGUCUUCGGUAUCGCGUUGGCUCAUGGACUCUCCAAUCCUGUAGCAGGUGUUAUUGCUGGCAUAGGAUUCUUCGUGGUUUGCAGCAUUGCAUCCGUGCUCCUUGCUGAGACUCCUUCUGUGAAAGCUGCAUGGCUCUGGGGAAUGAACGUUUUCACGUCUCGAUUCUGGUACCUUGCAUUUUACUCGGGCAACCAACUACGACGUGAUCUGAAUAUCAUUGUUGGUCAGGGCAGAAAUUGGAAGAUCCCUAUUUUCCUUCCGCUACUCCUUCGAUACGUUAGUGGUCCUGUCUUAGCCAUUAUUUUCAGCUUUGCCUUUCCCGAGUUCCAUCAGAACCGCUAUAGCCCAAUGAUGAUUGCUGGCUUCAUUCUUGCCAAUCUGGGUCUUGUUCUGAUCGUUCUUGGCUUUGUCAUGCCAAGGUAUUACGACAUCUUUAUACCCCCACAUCGACGUAGUGAGGGAACAGAACCAACAAUCGCCAACGAGCCCAAGGGUGAGAUCGAGGCGAGAGCCGCUCACCAAGCGAGAGAUUACGAGCAGUCUUUCGGCAAUGCGGAAAAUGGCAUGGAAUUUGCCUCCAGUGAGCACGAGAAAUCUCACGGCAAAUAGACGCGUAGUCACCUAUUGAUGCUAUUUGGAGGGUGGGUAAUUGCAAAACAAUUAACGGAUGUGAAAUGCUUCGAAUGGCAUUGGUUGAAAUCUUUAUAUAUUUAGUCAUUUCACCACGAAUAUGUUAAGCUGGUGCGAUGGAUGAGGAAGGUCAGGUGCACCAUCGAUCUUAGGGGCCCUGGAUCUCGUAGGCAAAAGAGAAUACCUCGCCAUCGAAUGUUGCCAUACCGGGUAUUAUAUUUCGAAGAUAAGGCAUAAUGGAACAUGGUUAGCUGCAACGCUGUGCGGUUUGAUUCAGUUUCU